AGUAAGAGCGAAUUUACUAUAUAUAGUAAUAUAAUUUACUACUUAUUAACUAAAAAUAAGCGGGUAAUAAGAAGUAUACUAACGUUAAAGGUCUAUAGUAUAGUUAAUAGCAUUAACCUCUCUUAUAUAAUUUUAAUAACGCUAAGGAAGAUUACUAAUUAA